CUCUAUUUUUAAGACAAAGCAAAACUUAACCAAAACCAGAACAAGUUUUUUGUGUCUUUUAAGAGUGUUUGGACACGAUGUUAAAGUCGAUUGUCGUUGGUUCCAGUCCAGUUCCGAUGCUGGUGGAAGCUAAAGAUAUUCAUGGUACGAGGGAACCUAGAUUUGGUUCAGUGGUUUGUCGCUCUUCACGAAACAACGCUUAUAAUGUUCCAAAGCUUGAACCUUUUAGCCGAACCAAGUUCGAACGUGCCGUUAAAGAUCUGCCCUUGAUCGAAAAAUCUGAGAACGAUCUUGCGGAUUAUUGUUCAACGCUUGAAGGAGAUGAUUCUUACAGCUGCUGGAGAGCUUAUUUUGAGCUUAAAGAUCUGGAAAGGGAAGCGCCGAAAGAAGAUGUUGAGAAACUGAUUCUGCAAGCGGGUGGUGUAAAAUCCUUAAUCGGAUACUUACAUGGGAUUUCAUCGAUCCACAAGGGAAAACAUAAUGAAUUUGGUUUGGCAAAGUCAUCGAGUGCUGAAAAAGAAGGAAGUAGACCAUUUCAUCAUGUACCGGAUGGAUUGCCGAAAUCAUCAGAACAGCUAGAGGAAGAAGAGAGAGGAAGAUUGCCGGACUCUCCUUACACAAGAUUGCUUAGAAGUAAGGGAAGGUUCCCUGCAUGGUAUUCCCCUGUCCCCGACCAUGAAACAGAUUGAUAAUCAGCUAAUGCUAUUAAAAGCAGAGGAGUUUAUUGAGCUUGUGUUUCUGUUUUGGUUCUCUGUAGAUAUUGUUCAUAGAGUGAUACUUUUGAUUCGGUUGUUUAUCGCAAACUACUUUCAUGGUUGAGAUAUCUGGUUUAUGCGACGAUUUAGAGUUCUUUGUAAAAUUAUAUCAACUGUGUAAACUCCUCUUUUAAGUAAAUACUUUGCGCGAGCUUUGUCCGUAUUUACCAUUUAGCAUAUAUGUAUCAGCUGAUAGGUUAGCCAUGGCCAUUUAAUGCUUC